CAACCCUCGUUUUCAUUUCAAUCUAAAACAGAGUUUCCAUAAAUUGCAGCAAAAUCCUCUCUCUCUCUAUCCCGCUCACUCACUCAUACACAUUUUCAGGUCUCUGGGAAGCAACAAAGAGAGAUUGGUUGGGUUUGGAUAAGACUUGAAAUGGCUUAUAUGUGCACUGACAGUGGAAAUCUAAUGGCGAUUGCCCAACAAGUGAUCCAGCAGAAGCAGCAGAAGCAACAAGAGCAAGAGCAGCAGCAGCAGCAAGAGCAACAGCAGCAGAAAGAGCACUUCUUAGGCCUCAACUCAUUCUGCCUCAAUCCAUGGUCCGCCGGAUUGAAUGGCGGUUCUGGUUUGGGGUAUGGACUCGUCGGCGGCCAUGCUUUUGCCGAUUCGUUUCAGGUUCCCGCCGUUGAGCCUGGGUUUCAGUUCCCCAGCUUGGAUAACCAGUUGGGGGCGUUUCGGUUUCCGGAUUUUGGGGGCGGAGGCGAGUUUGACUCGGAUGAGUGGAUGGAGGGGUUGAUGGACGGUGGAGAUUCCACCGGGAGUUCAAAUCUUCAUUCUGCCUGGCAGAACAACUCGGAUUUCACUGCUCUAUACGCUGCCGAUCCGUUUUCUGCUUCUCCGACUCGACUCCGUAUCGCGUCGUCUUCUCCUACACACCUCAAUUCCGUCAUUUUCGCCGACAAUCAGAAGAAUCACGCUCCUCCACCGCCUCAGACCUUGCCGUGGUUCCCAACGGCAUCCGCGCAACCUCCGCCGCCGUCAGCUAAGGACACGACGCCACAGCGAAACGACGUCGUCGCAGAAGGUAGUUCUCCGGAGAGUUUAUCUUCGAAGCCAUUACUGAAAGCCUUGGUAGACUGUGCUAGACUCGCCGUUUCGCAGCCAGAGAAUGCCGUGAAAUCACUGAUACGAAUCAGAGACUCCGUUUCCCAGCUCGGAGACCCGACGGAGCGAGUCGCGUACUAUUUCUCCGAAGCUCUUUACAAUCGCCUCUCGAACUCGCCGGAAAAGCGACCGGCGAACUUCGAUGCAAGCUCAGAAGAGCUCACGCUGUCAUACAAAGCCCUCAACGACGCAUGUCCGUACUCCAAAUUCGCUCAUCUAACUGCAAAUCAAGCAAUCCUCGAAGCUACUGAGAAAGCGUCGAAGAUUCAUAUAAUCGAUUUCGGUAUUGUUCAGGGAAUUCAAUGGGCCGCUCUUUUACAGGCUUUGGCUACCAGGUCCGGCGGUAAACCUGACAGCAUCCGGAUCUCCGGCAUUCCCUCGCCGGUACUCGGAAACUCCCCGGCGGCGUCACUGUUGGCAACCGGUAACCGUUUGCGCGAUUUCGCGAAAGUUCUGGAUCUGAAUUUCGAGUUUGAACCGGUAUUGGGUCCAAUCCACUCGUUAAACGGGUCAAGUUUCCGGGUCGACCCGGACGAAAUUCUAGCCGUUAACUUCAUGCUCCAGCUGUACAAUUUGCUGGACGAGACAACGGCUACCGUUGGAACUGCACUCAAGCUAGCCAACUCACUAAACCCUAGCAUUGUAACUCUGGGUGAAUACGAAAUGAGCCCGAACCGGGUCGGGUUUCUGAAGAGAUUCAAGAACGCACUCAAAUACUACUCCGCCAUAUUCGAGUCCCUGGAUCCGAACAUGACCCGAGAUUCGCCGGAGAGGGUGAAGGUCGAAAGCCUGUUACUUGGCCGGAGAAUCGCGGAAUUGAUGAGGCCUGAGGAACAGAGAGCCAAAACAGAGUGUGUGGAAGUGGAAGUGGAAGUGGAAGACAAAGAUCACUGGAGAAUUCUGAUGGAAAGUGCUGGGUUUAAGGCUGUAGCCAUCAGCCAUUACGCCCAUAGUCAAGCAAAAAUUCUUCUAUGGAACUAUAACUACAGUUCAUCAUACAGUCUGAUUGAUUCUCCCCCAGGUUUCCUCUCCUUAGCUUGGAAUGAUGAGCCUCUCCUCACUGUUUCCUCGUGGCAUUGAUUGAAUUUUAAUAUCUCGAUCGAAUUUGGCAGACCUCCACUCCCUGGCAUUUUUACUAUGUGGUGUGGAUCAAGCCAGAUUCGAAUUAUGUAUACACCUAAGUUUGAACUUUUUCAAGCUUGAUUAUCAGUUAGGAAGCUCUUCAAGUUCAGAUUAAGCAAUAUGAUAAACAAAUUAGGGAAGAUUGUGAUAAUUUUUGAAGCUCUUUUGAGUUCUUACAACCAA